AUGAGGGUUGAUGCUGCUGCCUAUUAUCUGGUUGAGGAUGCUGAUAUUUGGUGGACUCAUAACAAGUUUGAUCUGACUACUAAGGUGACUGUGGAUGAGGAAGGAGAAGAGCUCAUGGAAGAGAGAGAGUUUGGUUGGACUGAGUUCAAGAAGGAGUUGGCUCGUUUCGCUAAGGGGUUAGUUCCUGAUGAGCAGGAGAGAGCGGUGAAAUUCGAGGAGAAGUUAGACCCCGAUCUUCAUUCUAGGAUGGGAGCUGGUGAGUAUGCCACAGUGAAGGAGGUGUACACUCGUGCUUGUAAUGCUGAGAGGAUUGAGGAAAAGAGACUAGCUGCAAAGAAGUUGAAAUCCACUCCAGCAGGGUCUACUCAGGCGACGAAAAGUGAGAACCACCCUGGCAAGGAUUGUGAUGGUAAUUUAGUGGAGUGUAAUCACUGUGGGAGGAAAGGGCAUCGUGCUUAUGAAUGGAAUGCUGCACCUAAUCGCAAUGGAGGGACUGCAAAUGCUACUCAGGGACAUAGAGGUGAUGUGAGGAGGAACACUGGGCAGGUUCAUGUGAUGAACCAGACUGAGGCAAACACCAAGGGCAACGUGGUCACUGGUACUUUUUCUAUUCAUUCGAUGUCCGUUUAUGUGCUAUUUGAUUCUGGUGCUUCUCAUUCUUUUGUGUCUGAACUUCUUGUGAAAAAGUUAGGGUUAGAGAACUCUAGGACUUGUGAUGUAGACAUCUCUAUUCCUUCUGGUGUGAUCAUAACUUGUAAUAAUUUGUAUCCAGAUGUCCCUAUUAUGUGUGGUAGUACCACCCUAGUAGCUGAUUUGAUAGCUUUUCCUUUGCAUGAUUUUGAUGUAAUUCUAGGGAUGGAUUGGCUUAGUAGGCAUAAAGCCAAGAUAGAUUGUGAGAAACAAAAGGUGUCUGUAGUUGGUCCUAGUGGAGUCCAUGAGUUUUAUAGAGGGUCUUCUUUGAAAAUCAUUUCUGCUUUGACUCUAAAAUCCUAUUUGAGAAGGGUUGUCUACUUGUGCCAUGUUCACGACACUAGUAAGGAAGAGCCACGUGUUGAGGAUGUUCGUAUUGCUAAUGAGUUUGUAGAUGUUUUUCCUGAUGAUAUUCCUGGCAUGCCUCCGAGACGUGAUGUUGAGUUCAGUGUUGACUUGAUGCCUGGAACUGGACCUAUUUCUAAGCCUCCUUAUAGAAUGGUCCUGCUGAAAUGA